ACUGCAGAUCUGCUAUGUGUGAAGGAUAGUUUUGCAGGACAACACAUUCUUAGUUGCAAGAUUUUUUUCUGAAUACUUUGCACAUGUCAUUGCAGAGCCGGCUGGCAUUCAGAGAAUUCACUGCUGAUCUCAUUAGCGAUCCCUUGAACAUGCAGCGUGACGUUUUUAUUUCCGCUUUGAAGAUUCUCUGUUUGAAUUUGGCUUCGGAUAUCUCAUUUUGAUAAGCCUAUGUUUCAUUAUCUUUCAGAUAACACUACGUGGAGGUCAGUGAACUCUUUGAUUGUGUAAUUUAGUGUUUCUCUUUAAAAUGAAUUUGAGAGCAAUUUGAGGUGGGGAUGUCUCACUCAUAUCCUUCUAAAGAAACAAGCAUUUGGGAACCUUUUAUAGAAAAAAGCACAGUUGUGAGUGCACUGGAAUUCAGGUCAGAGGUAGCAAACCUUAGGAGAGCCCAGGAAUGAAGACGGCUGUUUUGAAUAGUUAUUUCAUGUGUAAGGACAAAAGAAAGCCACUGAACUCAGAAGGGGCAUAGCACAGACUUGCUCUCAGAGGGAGACUUCUGCACCAGACUGUAGGCUGACACCGGUGACCAGUGACAGCUGGGGCUGAGCUGUACACCCAGGGGAGCAGGGCCCAGGCAGCCUGCCAUGAGAUCGUGCUCCAAGGACCGGUCGUUCUGCUGGACCCACGGGCUCCUGGUAUUCAUCAGCCUGCUCCUCAGUGUCUGCAGCUCUGCAGCCAACACUUCCGGAGCGCAUGGCUCUGCUGUGAAGGAUUCUGGAAACCACAUUUAUCUGAAGCGCAUCCGAGGAGGUUCUGUCUUGUUUAAUGUGACCGAGAAGCCCAUGGCAGAUGCAGGAGCCGAAAUACAGGAGGUUUUAUGGGGUUUGGGCACUCCGUUCAAGCACAGGCGGCUGCUGCAAGUCCGUAGAGGAGCCGACUCCCCCACCUGGUUGAGCCUCCAGGACAAGUUCAAGCAGAGGGUCCAUGUGCCCAGCCUGUGGUCUCUGAGGAUUGAGAACCUGGCCCCUGAAGACAGUGGGCCAUACGUGGCCAUGACCCGCUUAACUGAUGGACAAAUGCUUGGUCACGUUUUCUACCUGACUGUCUAUGAGCCUGUGCCUCACCCUGAGAUCCUGGCCAAGUCACUGUCUAUCACACCAGGCCUGUGUAACAUCACUCUGGAGUGUAGGGUUCCAGGGGCCACCCAGGAUCUGAAUGUGACUUGGGAGAGCAAGGGCCUCUUCAGAGAGCUGGAACAGAGAGACACACCAGGAUCAACCGCCAAGCUUUGGACCCUGGCUGUGAGCCUGCCCCUGAGCCAGCGGAUCGGCGAUCUCACCUGUGUGGUCAGCAACCAGGUGGAUCAGAAAGCUGCGACCUUAGACCUUGGGAAAGUCUGUGCCCAAGGUUUACACAAACAGGAUGUGACUAGACUGCUGCCAGGCAUCCUAGGGGCUUCUGUGGCUGUGCUGUUAGUCCUGGGAAGUGGGCUGUAUGUUUUGAAGACAUGUCAGAAGAAGAAGAUGGUGAUGGAAAUAAAAAGGGGUGGAGGAUUGCAGAAGAACCAUGGGGUUGAUGAUGGUGGCAUCCCCUUUGAGACGCUCAGCCAGCAAGUGCAAGGUGAGGGCAAGGACAAGAGCAUCGGUGAACAAUAUCUGGGAAAAAAGGAAUCUCUCAUUACUACCUGCAGUGAGGUCUGUUAUCCAGACCAGACGAUGGAGAUCAUUUGAUUGGAGGAAGCAGGAGGAUCUGGCACUCCCAGGACACCUGCACUCUGAGCCUAAGUCCUGCAGACCCCUGCCUUUCCCAGCUCUGAUUCAGUUCCAGCUUCCCCUUGUGUGUGUUGAAUUGUCAGAGGCUGCAGUAAAUGUACUCCCUUGGAGAGGCAUCGCUGCCAACAUUUCUGAAAGGCUAUGUCAGUACCAGUGGGGCCCCUGCAACAAUACUUGCCAUCCAGCCUGGACUUUCUUGGACCAAAUCAAUCAAUCUAUCUUUGCCAAAAUCAGAUGAAAUGUCAACUCCAACCUUGCCUUGCAUCAAAAGCCUUGGUAUCCUGCCCAAUAUGCCUAAAACGGCAUAUACUGGGAGACUACUGUGCUGGUAGCUGGUCUCCAUAUAGCUCCCCUUUGUUUGGAGACUUUAAAUGGCUACGCUAAUGCCACUCUGGGGUUUCCCCCACCAGACAAUUGUCAACACAUACUCCAAAUCAAUAACACUACCCCCAACGAAACACAGUCUCUUUCCUACUUCAAUAGCACCUUAUACACUCUAAUUAUAGUGAAACCAUUGCUAUCCCCUGGGGGCCCUCUGGCUAUGCAGAUCCUGUGGGUGGUGAUACCUGCCUCCACAUUGGACAGGGACAUGCACUGAGGGUGGCCAUUAAUUUUAUUCAUGGUCUGGGAUAAUAUUCCCCUCCCCAGUAAUCUAGAUGCUUGCAAACCUCACUGGUUAUGAAUGUGCCAGACUCUUUUUUGGUGGGACCCUAUCACAGCAUUCUUUCCCUGCCACUGGUACAAUCCUGUUUCAGCAACAAAUUAAAAUAGUAAGCUUAUAUGUAGUAAAAGCUCUUAAUGAUAGUAGCACUAAACUUGUGUUGUCGUUGGAUGAAUUUGCUCAGCUGCAUACUGUUGCAUUGCAAAAUCGAAUGGAAUUAGAUACGUUUACCGCAGUCCGAGGAGGGGUUUGCACCUUACUGUAUACUGAAUAUUGUAUGUAUAUCCCUGACAAUUCUCACAAUAUUACCCUUCUUGCCCAAGACAUGCAAAAACAAGUAAAACAGUCAGAAUCUAACCAUCAGCAUCCCAUCAUGGACUGACUGUCCAGCUGGCAUUGGCACUGGCCAUGGUAGGUGUGGAUUUUAUUAAUUAUGCUUCUAAUUUUCCUAUGCUUGUCCUGUAUGUGUAACCUAUAUCAACUAUGUAUUCCUGGUUUAUCUGUAAGGUAUUUUCCUUAUAACUGAGUACUAAAUUGAGGCCAAAUGUGGAGCAGAAGUUAAAUAUUAAAUUUAAACUCAAUUGAACAUGGACACAAACCAGAUAACUUCUAAUCUUAUGGCCUUGGGCAGUCUAGUCUACAGACAUGAAGGAAGUUUGUUUGGGAAAAAAAUAUUGAAGAAUAAUUUAUAGAAAAAAGAACUGUAUAUGGUAAAUUCUUAUCCUAAAAGUAAUUAACUGAUUUUUUUUUUUGAGACGGAGUUUUGCUCUUGUUACCCAGGCUGGAGUGCAAUGGCGCGAUCUCGGCUCACCACAACCUCCGCCUCCUGGUUUCCGGCAGUUCUCCUGCCUCAGCCUUCUGAGUAGCUGGGAUUACAGGCACGUGCCACCAUGCCCAGCUAAUUUGUUUUUUUUUUUUUUGUAUUUUCAGUAGAGAUGGGGUUUCACCAUGUUGACCAGGAUGGUCUCAAUCUCUUGACCUCAUGAUCCACCUGCCUCGGCCUCUCAAAGUGCUGGGAUGACAGGUGUGAGCCACCGCGCCCAGCCUAAUUACCUGAUUUAUUAAAAAAAAUAUACUUACAAGUCAGAAAGUUGAAGCUUGUCAAAAAUUGUCUGUAAAAGUCAUAAAAAUUUUGUAAAAAACUUUAUGCAAGAAAUGUUGUACAAUUUAAUUGUAAAAUAAAUUCUGUGUAUAAACAUAUUGGCUAAAGUUGAA